AUGUCAAAUAAUAGUAAUAAAAGUAAAGAAGUUUCAAUAUUUUUAUAUAGAAAUUUAGUAAGACAAUGUUCAAAGAUUGAUAAGAACCCACAAUACAAACAAUACUUUGUUACACCAAAAUCAUUAAGACCAGGUUUACCAACAUUCUUUUUACCAAGUGUAUCUUUUUUACAAAAAUUAAAAAUUAAGUUUAGAGAAAGUUGCAAUGAAAAUUUAAAAACAAAUGAUAUUGUUAGAAUAAAUUCAUCAAUCAGCGACGGUUUUGCUGUUUUAAAGAAUAUAAAUUUAUCAAAAUAUGCAAACUAUGAAUCGAAUCAAGAACAAAUUAUGUCGCAGAUGAAAAAUUUUUAUAAUAGGAUAGGUGGUUUAAAUAAUGAGCAUGAAAUUGAUCCAACUAUACCUCAAAAAUCAAGACCACUAAAUUCCCAAAUAAAUAAUAAUAAUAUAAAUAAUAAUAUAAAUAAUAAUAAUAAUACCACAAUAAAUACUAAAGAAAUUAAAAAUAAAGAAGAAUCAAAAGUAGAACCAAAAAUAACAUCAUCAACCUCACCAACCUCACCAACAACUCCAACAACAGAAACAGCAACUUCAUCAUCAUCAUCAUCAACAACAUCAGAAGAUUCAUUUAAAGGAAGUAAAUUAACAAAAAGAGAACAAAUAAAAUUACAAAAACAACAAUUAUUAGAGAAACAAAAAGAAGUUAAAGAUAGAAAAUUUUGGCCAAUCAAAAAUAAUAUUGAAGAAAUUGGUGAAGGGGAAGAGGAGGAAGAAGAAGGAGAACAAGAAAAAGGACAAGAAAAUGGUGUAGUUAGAUAUAGUUCAAUUAAACCUGGUACAAUUUUAAUCUCUCAUCCAUCAUUAGGUGAACAUUUGAAUAAAAAGGUUGUAUUGAUCACUCAUUCAAUUGGUGGUCAUCAUUAUGGUUUCUUUAUUAAUACUCCAAUUCAAACUGGUGCAGCAUUAUCAUACAUUGAUUUCGAAAUGAAAACACACUACGACAGAGCAGCAGUAGAAGCCAAUCGUUCUAAAAACUUUUCAAGACUCUUUAUAUACGCAUUGAAAAGACCAAUUGGUCCAUUAAAAACUUUAAAUUGGAAUUUAGGUGGUCUUCAAUCAAUUACUGAUCAUUCUGUUUUAUCACGUGGUUUUGAUGGUUUAAAUUGUACUCAAAUCGUUCAUCCUUAUUCAAAUUUAUCUGGUUCUAAAAAAAUUAGAGAUGGUUUAUAUAUUGGUGGCAAAUUAAAAGAAGUUGGAGAUAAAAUUAGAAAUAAAGAAAUUGAUAAAAAUAAAUUAUUAAUGUUUGUAGGUUGUUCUACAUGGAAUCCAGGACAACUUGAAAAAGAAAUUAAAGAAGGUGCUUGGUUUAGAGCAGAUUGUAGUAACGAAACAAUUCUUAAACAAUUAAAACCAAAAAAUUUUUGGGCUGAAGCAUUGGAAUCAAUGGGUGGUGAUUAUAGCGAUUUAGUUAAAACUCAUUUUUAA